AUCCCACGAGAGGCCAUUAUUAAGGCACAACAAAUGUGUUAAAGUCUUUGUCAGGUGGGGCGCGUGCCACAAGACUCCUUUGGGGUUCUGACUCUGUGGCUGUUUCUUAUGGACAGCGCCCAAGUCCGGCAGGUGCCGUGACUGAAGAAGGUUGACUCGUUGGGCCGCAUCGGGGGUGUUUCCGCGUGCAGCUUUUCUACUCCUACCCCCCCCGGGCAAUCGCACGGGCGUAGAAGACGGUGCACGUGGGCGACUGACUGGGCACGCCGGCGAAGGGUUAGCCGGCGCUUCCCCCUCCUCUUCUCCCUCCCCCUCCCCAGCGUGACAUACGGAGGCAGCAGCAGGCUCGUUGCUGCCGGCUGGGCGGCGUGUGUGGGUGCCUUUAAAUUGCUUUCGCGGGAGCUGCUGCCCGCUCAGUCUCAUCGAUGAUGUAAGAAGAGACUUUUAGGUGUCUGCACCGAUCGCCUGACUUCUUUCCCCCUCCCUUCCCCUGCCGCUUUUGCUGGGGCUCCUGCUCUUCCCCGGUGUCCUUGGCCGCCCUGCUGCUGGGGUGGCUGUGCUUGAGCCGCCGCCGCCAGGUCCGGGUCGCCCUACUUCUUUCGUGCCCAGCUUGAGCUGCCGCGCGCUCGGUUCGGCUUCCGAGCUCGCCUGGGUCAAGAGCGCGCAGCUGCCCGGCUCGCUCAGCCGCCCGGGUGAGCAGGCAUGGAGGAGGAGGAGUGCAGGGUGCUUUCCAUUCAGAGCCAUGUCGUGCGCGGCUACGUGGGCAACAGGGCAGCGACUUUCCCCCUGCAGGUUUUGGGCUUUGAAAUAGAUACUGUGAACUCUGUUCAGUUUUCAAAUCAUACAGGUUAUGAUCACUGGAAGGGACAGGUGCUAAAUUCAGACGAACUUCAUGAAUUGUAUGAAGGACUGAAACUGAACAACGUAAACCAUUAUGACUAUGUACUUACAGGCUACACAAGAGACAAAUCAUUCCUUGCAAUGGUGGUUGAUAUUGUUCAAGAGCUAAAACAACAGAACUCCAAUCUGGUGUAUGUGUGUGAUCCUGUGAUGGGUGACAAGUGGAGUGGAGAAGGCCAUAUGUAUGUUCCAGAGGAUCUUUUUCCAGUUUAUAAGGACAAGGUUGUGCCUGUGGCAGAUAUAAUAACUCCUAAUCAAUUUGAGGCUGAAUUACUUACUGGGAGGAAGAUACACACUGAAAAAGAGGCUAUAGAGGUGAUGGAUAUGCUCCACAAUAUGGGACCAGAGACCGUUGUAAUCACCAGCUCAGACCUCCAGGCUCCUUCAGGAGAUGAUUACCUGAUAGCAAUAGGAAGCCACAGGAAAACUGCAGCAGAUGGCACCACAGUGACCCAGAGGAUCCGAAUGGAGUCUCCUAAAGUAGAUGCUGUCUUUGUUGGAACAGGAGACCUGUUUGCUGCCAUGCUCUUGGCCUGGACCCACAAGCAUCCUGACAAUCUUAAGGUGGCAUGUGAAAAGACAGUGUCAGCCAUGCAGCAUGUUUUACAGAGAACCAUAAAGAGUGCAAAGGCCCAAGCUGGAGAAGGAAACAGACCUAAUUCAGCCCAGCUGGAACUGAGGAUGGUCCAAAGCAAAAAGGACAUAGAAAACCCAGAGAUAAUAAUAAAAGCUACUGUGUUAUAAAGGUAUCUUUAUAUGACAUGAAUUUUCUCAUUUACAUCAGACACCAGUAUAAUUAAGAAGCAAUAGUUAUUCAACAACAACAAACAAAGAAGCAUUCAAAUGCUGACAAAGAAAAUAAAAUCUCUCAGACACUCAACCUCUGGUAGCAAUAGAAUAUUAAGACUCUGUCUUAUAUGAAAAAAAAUUGAAAACGACUAUUGUUACAUAAUCCUACUGUCAGUUGAGUCUUCCUGGCAUGUGGGUCAAUUAAGAUUUGACAAAAUCACUUAAUACUCCUUGUCCUUCAGUGUAUUGGGGCUAUUAUACAUUCAUUAGAAUUGAACCCAUGGCACAUGUUUUCCAUAGAUAAAUGGGAAUAAGAAGUUUCAUUAGACAUCUUUUUUUUAAAAAAUUGGGUGAAUUUUGAUUUAAUACGGAGUUUUGAUAUGUGAAACUUUCUCAAAUGUCUUUUCCUGUAGAUUAGUGCCAAGCCCGUAUAACUAACAUUAGCCCAAAGUCCAGCUAGUUUGGAUACCACAGAGAAAAGAAAAGCAUUUCUCCCUCCCAAACCUAACUUAAUUUCUAGCAUAUGCAGGACAAACUGUACAUUAAAAAGCACAAGUAAAAGUACUACUUUCUACUGAGACUUUUAGAGAUAAAUAUCAUUCAUCUUUGGUCUUAAUCCUAUUCUGGCAAAUUUUCAUCAUUUCCUAAUUUUAAGUAAGACUUAUGAUGCUAGUACUGUAGACAAUGAUUUCAGUGUUCUAAGACCUAGUGGGAGAAUCACAGAUGAAAAGGAAACUUUUAAAAAUCCAAAUACAUUAUUGCAGACUAUUUUUAAUUGCUGCAUUUUUGAGACAUUAAUAUGUUUUGGGCAGCAUGUAUUCCUCAAUUCCCUCCCUCCAAACAGAUGUAAGCAAUAUUCUGCAUAAGCCUAGCAAAAUCAUGUUGAAUCCAUUUUCUUAUAUUUGUCUUUUCUUUCAGAUCACUCAUAGUGUCGCAAUGAUUUUUUGGAAUUAGAUACAGAUGCAGCAGCUAACAAAUAUUCUAAUUCUCCCUUUUAUACUUUGGCACAUUCAUUUAAAGGAGCGAGCAUCUCAUAGGGGUCAUGUCCAAUUUACAGAUCUGUGCAUGGACAGCUUUAUCCUCCAAAAAGAACAGCAGCGUUUGAACUUAUCAGCUGGUGCUGUUACUCAUGCUGCAUGACCUCGUUCCCCUCACAAGGUACCAGACAGCACAUCCCCCCCCCAGAUCUAAGAUCCUAUCCUCUGUAUCAGUAUACAAAUAUAUCUGCUUUUGCAAGAGAAGGUAUGAGGAGAGAGAGGAAAAGAUGACAGUGUCAGAAUCUUCCAGCCAUUUUUUCCUUCAGAGCUAUGAGAUCUAGAGAGAGGUGAGGUCUUUCCACAGCCGUAGGCCAGGGAUAGCCAGUGUAAUGCCCUGCAGAUGUUGUUGAUCUACUACUCCCAUUAUCUCUGACCAUUGGCCUUGUUGACUUGGGCUGCUGAUGUGAGUUGGAGUCCGAAAGCAUCUGGAGGGUACCACGUUGGCUACUCCUGCCUAAUGAAGCUCUAAUGAAACUAAACUCUCUCUAUUGUAACCUCUUACAUGCAUUUUGAAAGGAUCUGGAAUGCAUCCUUUCACCAACCCCCAUAAAUAGGAUAUACCAUGGCUAUCUCACCCAGACAAUGUGUCUGAAAGUAAAGCAAAUCAGCAUGCGUCUCUAAAGGCGGCAGAGGCAUAAGGUAAAUAAAUACUGCAACAGUUUUUAUUGUCUCAACAAAGUAGAAAGCUGGUGUUAUCUACUGCAGCUCAUUUGUGUUUAAUUCCACUUUUUGUAAAGAUCUCAAAGUACUUGUGCAGCUGUUUUUAUUAUUGUGAUUUCAAUUCUUUGUGGGGCAUAAGGGGCUAACUACAUAUUAUGUGCAAGUGCAUGUAACAGAGUUCAGAAGCCAUUCUUUUAUAAAGAAACACAAUUUUGUGAGGGAAUGGGUUUGGACAUAGAAAUGGUGGGCAGGGGAAAAGGUUAAGCACUCCUUUCACUACUCAAAAUCACCCCUUUCCAAAUAUGUUUUUCUUCUUUAAAAUGUAUAGCAUCAGGAAACUGUUAAAUGCAUUUAUAUAUAACCUUUAAUUAGUCCCUCAGUAAGACCAAAACUCUUGUAAAAUGAAGUAACUCAUAAGCUUAAAUCCAGCUUUUAUGUGCCCAUAAUUUUUUGUGAUGCCCUUUCACACAUAUAUUUUUUUUUAAAUUAUGUUUUAGAUGCUUAUUUGCCAAAUUGCAUUUAGAAUGCCUGUGAUCAGCGCAAUAUUUAAAAAAGAAUUCAAGAGGACCAAGAUUUCUAGCUAAAGAUACUGCCUUGUUAAGAGUAACCUUAUAUUAUCUUGAUUGGAUGGUGUUAAUUCAUUGUCUCUCUGGUACUGUUGCAGUGAUUGUACUAGUCUCUUAAUUUACAAUAUGUGGCAAGAAAGAUUGUAAUAAAAUUAUCUAUGUUUAAUAACACUGUGCAUAACUAUUGUUAGAUUCUGUUUUGAAUAUGUUAGCCACUUCAUAAUUAAACAAAACAAGAACAGUUUGGUGGUGGUGUUGAAUCGGAUGGCCUUUUAUUAAGUUUUUUUCUUUUUUUUAUGUGAACCCUUGUUAGUUGAGGGGCAGAGCCCACACCCAAACUAUUUAAGGGAAGUAAGGGACCAAGGCAACAGGGAGCACUGAAUAAGAGCCUGUACAGAUGUCCAAACUACCUUGUAAUGAGUGCUUUCACUCCAAAAUUAAGUAGCAUGGCCAUCUGCAUUAUGUAGUCAAGGGAUAAGGAUGAUUUAAAUACACAUCAAGAAGAGGUAAACUCAAUGGCAAAAUACGUGUUGAAAUGGUCACCUGUCUGCAUGCCAAGAUGUUUACAAAGAAAUGCUGAUAAGUCUUACAGGUAAACUAGAUGUUAACUCUUUCUGACAAAUGGGAGAUGUUUGCCAGACUAGGUAACAAGUUUUGACUCUUCCUCUGCUUGUGAGAAGUUUUUCAUUUGGAGACUGAAAAAAAAAAGUCAGAUCUCUAUGACCUUCAUCCCAACAGGAAUCCAUGGCCCAUAGCUUGUCGUGACUGGAUAUGUGACUAUUCUGAGCUUGAGACUAGAUAAAUUACUUUCUUGUAUUCUGAUAUUCUGUAGCAGAACAGUUGGGGAAGAAGUAUAUUGAUGGUGCUGGAUAGGGAGGGUUUGGUUGUGUAAACAGAUCUUUUGUUUUUUUCUGUAGGCUGCUUGUAGAAAGAUCUCCACUUUGGAGAGCUAGGACCCGUCAGUGGGGUGAAAGUAUUAGACCCAGGAACAACAACUAAUUCGGAGAACCCUAACAGCCCCCCCCCAUUUUUUCCAUAGUCUCUCGACCUAUAGCUCUUGGACCUUAAAUAUGGUAGGCCAUGCAUAUUCUGCUGGUUGUAUACACGGUUGCAUGACUCUUUCUUCUCUCUAAAGGGACCCUAAUUAUAUAGUUUGUCCCCUGGUCCACUCUCUCCUUGAGCCAUACAGUUCUUCCUAAGGCAGUCUAACUUUGAAUGUUUAAUGAGCAAAGGCUGUUGUCCAAAAGCUUUUUGCUUCUUCAUUCUGAAAGAAACACAGUGCUGAAUUAGAUUCUGCACUGGCCAUGAACAGAUUGUGCAGCUGAUAGAUCCAAAUGUAUGGGAAUGAACAGCCACAUUCCAGCCUAAAUGGAGUAUCGAAGUUCCUCCUUCAAGGAGGAACUUACGCAAAUGCAUUGGUGCCUUGGCAACUUCUCAGACAUUUAAGAAGCAAGAUUAAGUGAUCCAAUUAAAAUAUAAAAAGGGGUUCUCAAAGAUACUUAUGGGGGAAUUAGUAGAAUGCAAAACAGAAGAAAUGAAUUGUUCAUUUAUAUCCUUUGGAUUAAAAGAAAGGUGUUUAGAAGGGUAGAAAUUUUUGGCUUUUUAGUGUCUUAUGAUCAUCUCAGUCCUUUCAUUCAGUUUUCAAAAUUGCUCUCCUAAGCUUAGAUGAAGCCACACAAAACAGUUGAUACCUAGUCCUCCAAGCUUGCUGGCCUCAGGCAUGUACUUUUCUGAGCAAGGAUGUAUUCUUGAAUUGGAGACUUCUGUUAAAAACCAUAGAUUGGGUGCAGAACUCUGCAUUGUAGAACAUGUAAUAAAGGAAGCACACUGAAGGUACUGCUAAUCACAAAAAGACUGUGCCAUAUAAUGAUAAGUGGAAAUUACAUGUAUUAUUUACAUACUGCCUUUUUAUUGCAUUGCUAUUUAGAAUAAUAAUUGUGUCUGAAGAAUGUGGCAUGUAUAAUCUGUAUCUGUAUGUUUUGAAAUUCUAGCUACAGUGGGGUAGAUGUAGAAUUUGAGGGCUGGCAGUGCAGGCCUUCAGAAAGGGAAAUAAAAGUAUAUAUUUUUAUAGACUGUAAUAUGAUUUUAAGUCUCAGCUGCGCCACAUCAGCCUCUUCUGGAAAUGUAAAUCUGCAAGAUUGGAUAGAAGAGGGUGGCUUAGAAAUGAGGAAGAUAGUUCAAUCAACCCUAAGAGCCCUAGAUGGAUUUAAUUAAUAAAUAAAGAUGCCUUUGAAAUAUAUUUUUAGCUCUAAAAUAUUAAAUGGAGAAAUAUUUACAAGCAAACUUUCUAUGUAUUUGACAUUUGUGUAGUGCUUUGUAUUGAAGAAAUUUUUUUGUUAUAUGUUUAUACCUCUUAUUAAUUGUUCUUGAGUUGUAGGGACAAAAAGUAGAUAAAUUGUUUAUAUGCUGGAAAAAAUAUGUGAUGUGUAACUGUGUAUAAUGUCAGUGGUCACAAUUCCAAUGAAAAUGUUGUUUGUAUACUAUCUGGUUUGCCACAUGUGACUUUUAUCCAUUUUGUAGUAAGGUUUACAUGCUAAAAUAUGUAGGAAGAUGAUAAUAAAGUCAAUGAACUACCUAAGUGAAGGCCAAGAACUAAUUCCUACUGAACUAAGAACUAUGAUUUAUGGAUUUAUUAUUGUAAGAAAAAAGUAUCAAAUCAUUCCAAAUACUGUGUAUCACUAAAGUAAGGCACUUGGGAAGGACACUACCGUUAUUUCUACAUUCUCUGUAAUGUUCCCUAUAUGUUUGUUCAGAUUUAUGAAGACUAAGGUGGGUGGAAAGGUGUGGGGACGGGGAGAAUCUGCUUAUGCACAGUAGAUGGCACCUGUUGUCAAGAUUUCAGACUUGGGAGAAAUAAUAGAGAAAUGGUGCAACUCAAGCUAAACUUAUUUGCCAGCCUUGUAAACUAAGAGGAGUCAAGCUAGGUCAGUAUUUGAAUACAGGUUAGUAUUUAUUGCUUUGGUAUUGCAUUUUCUAUUUUAUCUCGAAUUACAUGUUAAAAUAUUAUGUUGGCUUUAUAAAUUUGGUAACAAAAUAAAAUAAGACGAUGGAGGCUCUUCCAACAUUUCUUAGGUGGAAGGAAUUUAAUUUGGCCAAAUUAGCACUCCCUUAAAGGGCUUUCCUACCUCUUACUGAUGUAGUCAUGGAAAAGUGGAAAUGGUUAAAAGCUAUUACAAAAAAACCUUAGUCAUUUCCUUGGCCAAGUGUCAGUGGAAGUGAGAAAUAAGCAGGGAGUGUUUUCUAGCUUCUUUAGAGAGGAGGAGCCAGAGUCUUCUCUUAAACUAAUUAUUUUUCAAAUAUUAAUUUUGAAGUUCUCUGAUUUCCAGAAACACCAAAGGCUAAAAGAGUUUAUGCAUUAGAAACUCACAAAUUUUCCUGGUUUUUUUUAGAACUAAGGCUAGUGAUGUUAUAUUUUAUCAAUCUGUUUAACACUGAGUCCCCUUGCAAAGAUUUGCCAGGUUUGCACAUAAUGCUAAGCCAUGAUUUACAUAAGGCAAGGUUUUUAAACCAACAAGGAACCAACAUAUAACCAAUAGCUUAUCAACAUAUUUGUUAACAAAUUAUGUUAAGCUGCUGGACUGAGUUUGAAUGAUCAAAUAAACCGUAGUUUAAUAAAUCAUGGUUUAGCAUUAUGUGUGAGCCAGACCACUGCCAUAUAGAACAUAAUGGAGUCUUGUCUUCCUGCAUGGGCACUACACCAGGCCAUUAUGGAGAGUGGGAUGCAUAUGGGUGCCUUCUGUAUUCCUGUCCAACCUGUCUCUUUUAUUCAUAUAAAGAACAUAAACUCUAAGAUUGUGUUGGUUGUGCGGAAAGGCAGUCUGGAUGGGGAUAUGUGAAGCAUACACAGCACACCUUUUCUCUCUAACAGCCUAGAGGAGAGCCUGCCCAGGCAGGAAGUGGGGAUCAGUUUUACUCUACAGCAAUUGCUCUGCAUGGAGUUGAUUACAACCAUAUCGAACUAGAUUUAAUGCAUAAGAAGAGCCCUGCUGAAUCAGGCCAAUGUUCUCCUGUUCUCCCAAUGGCCAACUGGAUGCCAAUGGGAUGCAUGCAAGGAGAACCUGACUGCAACUGCACUCUCCCCACUUGUGACUCCCAGCAUCUGGUAUUCAGACAUACUAUGCUUUCUACUUUAUAGAAUGAAAGACAUGACUGUUGUGUCUCUUUGUUUAUAC